AUGGAGAAAUCCAAAAACUUUCGCAUUGACGCGCUUUUAGCAGUCGAUACACCCAAGGUGCAGACCUCUCCGCUCGCGCUUGUGACUUCCCUGUCCUCCUCCUCCUCCUCCAUCCCGUCGUCUGGAAGCGUUGCAGCCCCGGAGCUGACCACUAGCGCCGAGUCUUUGCGCACCGAGACGCCGUCUCCGCCGAGGAUUUCCACCUGCGGCUUGAUCCCCAAACCGGGUUUCCUCAACAGUCCGCACAGCAUGGUUGGAUUACAUCCGCAGAGCACCGCAGGGAUCCCCGCACAGGCUCUCUACGGCCAUCCCAUGUACACCUACUCCGCAGCCGCCCUCACAGGACAACACCCUGCCCUGUCCUACUCCUACCCACACGGCUCCCAUCACCACCACACCAGCGAUCCCAUCAAACUGUCAGCCAGCACCUUCCAGCUGGACCACUGGCUCCGGGUCUCCACAGCCGGGAUGAUGCUGCCCAAAAUGUCUGACUUUAACUCUCAGGCGCAGUCCAACUUGCUUGGCAAGUGCAGAAGACCAAGAACUGCAUUCACAAGUCAGCAGCUGCUGGAGCUGGAGCAUCAGUUCAAACUGAAUAAGUACCUGUCACGACCGAAGCGCUUUGAAGUGGCUACGUCCCUCAUGCUGACAGAAACUCAGGUUAAAAUCUGGUUCCAGAACAGACGCAUGAAGUGGAAGAGAAGUAAGAAGGCCAAAGAGCAGGCCGCCCAGGAGGCCGAGAAGCAGAAAGGAAGCAAGAGCGGCCAGGAGAAAUCUGACGGACUCGAACAGUCGGACUAUAACAGCAAGACAGACUCCAAAAACGGCAGAAUAAGAGACUUUAGGGACAGUGACGACGACGAGGGCGAUAAUUUCCUGUACAACUCGUCGGACUGCUCCUCAGACGACGAGAGGAAUCACAUCAGUGACACAAGCCCGCAGCCUUGA